AGAAAGACACUGGGUAGCGGCGGGGCGGGGAGCUGCGCCGGUGAAGGCGGCCGCAAGGAGAGCCCGCGGGGCCCCGGGGCCGGCGAUUCCUCCGCCCCCGCAAAACAAUGUGUGGCGUGCAGCGGGACCCAACUUGCCGGAGGCGGCGGGGGCGCGCCGAGCCCGCCUGAGCCCGCGCUGCUGACCCUCUCCCCCCGCCGUCCGUUGGGCCGGAGCGCCCAGCUCCUCGCUCCCCAGCUCGUGGGGGCCGGGCCGAGCCACGGGGCGGAGCCGCCCCUCCGUCGCCGCUGCCUCCUCCCCCACCCCCAGCCGCGGAGGAUGCUGACGGCCCCCGGCGGCGUCUAGCGGCCCCGGGCCCAGGCGCGAUGGUGCAGCAACGGGGCGCGAGGGCCAAGCGGGACGGCGGGCCUCCGCCCCCGGGGCCCGGGACUACCGAGGAGGGGGCGCGCGAGCCCGGCUGGUGCAAGACCCCGAGCGGCCACAUCAAGAGGCCGAUGAACGCGUUCAUGGUGUGGUCGCAGCACGAACGGCGGAAGAUCAUGGACCAGUGGCCCGACAUGCACAACGCCGAGAUCUCCAAGCGCCUGGGCCGCCGCUGGCAGCUGCUGCAGGACUCGGAGAAGAUCCCGUUCGUGCGGGAGGCGGAGCGGCUGCGCCUCAAGCACAUGGCGGAUUACCCGGACUACAAGUACCGGCCGCGCAAAAAGAGCAAGGGGGCGCCCGCCAAGGCGCGGCCCCGCCCCCCCGGCGGCGGCGGCGGCAGCAGGCUCAAGCCCGGGGCGCAGCUGCCCGGCCGCGGGGGCCGCCGAGCGGCCGUAGGGCCCUUGGGGGGCGGCGCGGCGGCGCCCGAGGAGGACGACGACGACGACGACGAGGAGCUGCUGGAGGUGCGCCUGGUCGAGACCCCCGGGCGGGAGCUGUGGAGGAUGGUCCCGGCGGGGCGGGCCGCCCGGGGACCGGUGGAGCGCGCCCAGGGGCCGUCGGGCGAGGGGACCGCAGCCACCGCCGCCUCCCCGACACCGUCGGAGGACGAGGAGCCGGAGGAAGAGGAGGAGGAGGGGGCGGCAGCGGAGGAAGGCGAGGAGGAGACGGUGGCGUCGGGCGAGGAGUCGCUGGGCUUUCUGACCAGGCUGCCCCCCGGGCCCGCCGGCCUGGACUGCAGCUCCCUGGACCGCGAUCCGGACCUGCCGCCCCCAUCGGGCACGUCGCACUUCGAGUUCCCGGACUACUGCACCCCCGAGGUCACCGAGAUGAUCGCGGGGGACUGGCGCCCGUCUAGCAUCGCCGACCUGGUUUUCACCUACUGAGCCCACCGUCAGCGGGGCGCGCACGCCCCCAAACCAGCUGUUUACAUACAGGAAUCAGGUAUUGGGGCCCCUCGGAGGCCGAGGCUGGCACCCCAUCUCCCGCGCAGCCUCCCCCCUCCCAGACGUGCCCAUCCCCCCUCAGAUCCAGACGUGCCCUUCCCCCGCAGACACACCCCAAGGCUGCCCAUCCCCCACCCCGACUUCGACACGGACGCCCCUCCCCAUCUUGCCCUCUCCCGCACUGCCACCAGCAGCCACCCCCUCCGGCACACCUCCCGUCCUCUCCUAGGGACCUGCACCCCUCCCCCACUUUGCACACGCCCCUCCUCGUGGCCGGAGGACACGCCCCCCGCUGCUCCCGAAUCCCUCCGCCUUUGCCCAGCCCGCUCCCUUCUCUCGGUUCUGGGGGCUCUGCGGCUGGGCGCAUCUCGCGCUCCUCCCAUUCCCCGCCCCUCCCGAGGGGGGAGGGGCGCGCUCUUUAUCCCCGAAGGGUUAGGCCCCGCCCCCUCCUCGCGCAUGCCUAGUGCUUCCUGGGAGGAGGGGGCUGGUUCCCGCAGAGCCGCACGCCUCCGCCGCCUGCUCGGGGAAGAAGUGGGGCGGGUGGAGCGUGAUCCUGAGAAAUCUUUUGAUCCCGGAGCCGCGGCGCUUCCUCUCAACCCGACGGGGCGUCUCUGCCUUAUUGGGAGGAGCACUGGGAAGGGGAGAAAGAGGCUAGUUGGUCUGAUGGGUAUGUUUAGAACCUGGAGCUUCCCUGAGUGGCAUAGUCUGUCUUCUCUUAGGGGUUACCCGUAGCCUAUUUUGGUCCCUAGCAACGUCUCCUUUCCCCACCUGGGAACUGAGGGUAGGAUCUUUUAUUGGAACCCCACCAAGAGAAGAAGGGGCUGCCCGAGAAAACUCAGAAUCAGGAGACCUACCAGAGUGUUGGGGCACCGGUCCCCUGCCGCUCCCUUCCCCCUGGAGAAACGCCCUAUCACCUCAAGGUACCCUCCCGACCGGGGCCCCUCCCUAAGCCUCUGCCCCCUCCAGUCACCCAAGUCCCCUGUCAAUAUCCACAGCCACAGUAUUCAGUGGGAGAAACUGAGGCACGUUGGUGCUAUGGGGUUGAGACUGAGGUAUAACAGAUGAGGUGGCAGGAAGAGCUGCGCUUUUAAACAGCUGACUUGAGAGGGACCGUCGACUGGACCCAGUAAAAUCGAGACGGUGCAGUCAGAGUAGCGUAGGUGGGCCAUUUGCACCUCAGUUUUUCCACGUGAGAAAUGGGGGUAGGAGCAAAUGCUGUCCAGCUCAGGGUGCUCUCAGGUCCCUGCCCCUGAUGCUAUUACUCCUUGAUUCCAACUCCUUGCUGAAGCCCCGCCCCUCCGACCUCCCCACACCCCCUUUGUCCUCACUACCUGUAUCUCACCGGCCGUGUGUUCACCCUCGGGGUGGUGCACACACUCAUUCACACACACAAAUCUCAGGAACAAACGGUCCCAGAGUCCUCCGGGACCCCUGCCCAGGGUCUCUGCAGGUCUCUGCCCCACGCGUUCCCAUCGCUGACAAAGCCACCAGCUGCCUCCUUUAAGCUUGGUGCUCCGGCUCUGGGCCUUUCUCGCGCGCGCUCUUUCUUUCUCUCUUUUAUAACGAAAAUAACAAAAAAAAGACAAUGGAAAAAAAAAAAGCAAACGGAAAAUGUCAUGUGAGUGAAGAGGUGUCACUGUCUGUGGUCUUGGAGAACUAGUCUUGUAGCUGAGGGGAGGGGUCCCUCCAUCUGGGGCACUGGCACCCACAGCAGGACUUGUGCCAGUCUGAUGCCAGGACUGAAUAAAGUGUAUUUGCCCCGA